AGUGGUCAAUGUAGCACCGCUACCUUCCAGCCACCAUGCUAGCCAAAGAAGUCCUGUACAACUAGCUUUGCUAACUCAUGUAAUGACAUACUAGAUUAAUUUAUCUGAGUCUACAUCAUUUUUUAAUCAACACUGGGAUCUAGAAUGGAACCAGCUACUUGUGUGUGAAUAUCCUGGUUUUCACCGCCGAGAGGGUCCGACAGGACAGCUGUUUCGGUUUACUAGCCUGUUAGCUAGUGUGGCUAACCUCAACAUAUUGCCCUGCCAUCACGACCAGCACAACAGACACCAAGCCAAGGGGGGUUCGACAGUUGGGAAUUUGCACCAUCAUCAUGGAGAAGGCCGAUUUCUUAAAAGGACUUCCCGUCUACAAUAAGAGCAACUUCAGCAGAUUUCAUGCAGACUCUGUUUGCAAAGCCUCUAAUCGGAGGCCUUCUGUGUACCUUCCAACUCGAGAUUAUCCCUCUGAACAAAUUAUUGUAACGGAGAAAACCAACAUCCUCCUCCGAUACCUCCAUCAGCAGUGGGACAAAAAGAAUGCAGCAAAGAAAAGGGAACAAGAGCAAGGGGAGAGUGACAGUCCGGCCCCCCCAAGGAAAAUUGCUAGGACAGAUAGCCAAGAGAUGAACGAGGACUCCUAAGUGUGUGUGUGUGUGCGUGCGUGAAAGUGAGUGAGUGUGUGUGUGUUUGGGUAUACAGAGCCAGUACAAACUAACUAACAAUGGAUAAUCCCACCAUUAUAAAUAUUCAAGUAAAAAACAAACUCCAUUUAUAUUGUAAAGAUUGUGCGAGUGAAAAUAGUGUAACCUGAAAAUAUUUGAAAGUCACUGACUGAUCAUUGUGAGAACAGUCCAGCUGUUAGAGAGGUGACUUUAUACUGAUGUUUUUUCCCCUUCUCUUUCCUAUGCUGGCUGUUCACUGUGUAGCAGUACAUGUUUAUAUGUAUGUUUGUAUGCAUGCUGAGCUGUGAGUGUGAAUUGUACUGUAUAUUACAAAAAAAAAUGUCAGGGCCGUUUUUAAGAUGGGAUUUGUCUUGACGGUAGCCGUAAAAAGUGUUUCAUUGCUGGCGCACGCCUUGCGUCACCUGGAGGGUGUGUCCCGAUGUGUGAAAAGAUAGCUUUUUGUUACUGUUUUAUUCUAUUAUGGUUUAUGUAUGGCAAUGAGCUUCCUGCCAGCCACAGUGCCCACUUUCUGUUUCACUGCCCGCUCUGCAGCCACAUGGGGACAAUUUGGCAUUUCUUCACACUGUUUGAAUCAACAGAACCAAGACCGCACUGUGAACAGAACAGCACAAAGCAGAAGUAACUCUUCCAGAAUUCCCAGCAGAUGUGUGUUUAUGGUGAAGAUGCACAUCUUCAUUAUAGUCUGGCACUUGUGCUCGUAGGAUAAAUGUUGUGGAUGUUUCUGAGAAAGGUUUUACAUCUAGCACCACCUUCUGGCUAAUUGAAGCUAAUGGGAUUUUCUCUUAAGUUUUAACUGUUCUGUCAUCAGAAGAUGAAACAAAAAAACCAAUAUAACAUUAGAUAUUCAGUUGCACAUCAAGGUCAAAGCAAAGAUAUUGUAGAAAAAUAUCAAAACAUGUCUUGAAAGGGAAAAAAAUGCUACACUAUGAUGUGUGUAAAUAAUCUCCACGACCAGAAUGAGUUUAUCCAACAAAGAGUCUUUGUCUGUUUUUUUUUUCUGUAAAAUAAUACAUGGAUGGAUACAAUAGAAAACAUGGUGACUGUGGAGGUCACCUUGCCUUGGGUGUUUUCACAGCUGGGUAUUUUACUUGUGGACCACAAUGCACUCCUUGAAGCAGGUUGGAGUUUUGUUAUCUGUGUGAUUGUGGAAGGUAUUAGCCUGGAGGCCUUACAACCCGUCAUCGUGGUCCGCACCUUUUAGCCCCCCCGCCCCCAGCUCAGAGCCCGGGAUAGCUGUCAUCCUGUCUUUGUGACCGGCCCGGAUGGGUUUUGUCUGGGCAGUCGGGAAGAGGUGUACUCUUUCCAGACGUAGAAUGCACAAUAAGUGCAGUUGCCAUCCUGCCUUGUUCCUGAGCUUCACUUGGUUUUGGUGUUCUAUACUCUACAGCACCGAAUGAAGCGUGCUUUUUUUUAAUAUCACUGCCCAACAGAGUCCCAUCAAAGCGUCCCGUUCUUCCUGUCCUCUAUCCAGUCGAUGCUGUAAUGUGGGUCAUCUUUCUACUUACAGUGUAAAUGCUGCCUGUUUCUCAAGUGUUUAACCACGUUAUGAUGCUCCUCCUCAGACUGUUCUAUAACACACUAAGCCUCGCCCCAUCCCGUGUGUGCUGGCUCAGACGUGUUCUUUUUAGCUUUGCUGAAAUAAAACUGGAUUGAAACUGGG